UCCAAGCACAUACAAAAACCAUGUGCAGGAUUCUCUCCAUUAUCUCGAUGCUCGCCGUGCUGUGCCUGGGUUGUGCCUCGGCGCAGUAUUCGUAUGAGAAGAUAAGGCUGUGCAGCGACAGACUCAACGAUAUACUGAUGGCGGUGUGCGAGGAAUUCAAUGGAAAUACUCCACAAAAGCGAGGAUUGAUUGGCAGCGACCAGGAUCCCCUCGAUCCCAUCCAGUACGUGGAGAAUACGGAAUCGCAUCCGCUCUUUAGGGGACGCUUUCAUGGCGGAGAUGGUGCCCUCAACUCCCUGGCACCCAUUCGGCGGCUGACGCGGCAGGGAAUUGUGGACAGAUGCUGCAAGAAUUCCUGUCAUUAUUCCGUAGUCGGGGAGUACUGCUCCGUUGCCCGCAUCUAAUUCUCUGGCUCUCUGGCUCUCGUUCCCUUUGACCUUUUGGCUGUCAUUUCCUGAGCGUCCCUGAACUUGAAAGGAAAGCAACCAUUUCCAAGGAUAUAUACUACCGUUUAGAAGAUAUUGUUAGCCUUUCGUUGUUAUCGCUUAUGAAAUGUGUGAAUAUAAUUAAAAAUAAUCAGCUUUGGGCAUUAGCAAAACCCUUACAAAUA